CAGCUGAAGUGUUUACCAACAAAGCCCGCAUCAACCGCUCCUGCAGCAAAGGAAUCUGCGUUGUUUUCGUUGGAAUUUUGUGAUCGCAGAAAAAGUUUUUUAGAUUAAUCCGUGUAAAAUUAACAUUAUCGAGUUUGUUUCGUGUCUCUAUGUGUUGACUUGUAUCACCCUGUGCGCCGCGGAGGAAUAGAAAGCCCGAAAAUGACGAGCCACAACUGGACCAUCGACGAAACGAAUCUCAUGAUCCGGAAGCGUCUGGAGCUGCUCGGAUGUGCCCGGAGCGAUAAAGUGUACGAUCAGAUAUCCAACUACCUGUCCGAGGAGCAUAAUUACUAUAAAAAUGCCGCCGCCUGUCAAACGCGGUUCAACAAUCUGCUGAAGACGUACCGGACGUGCGUCAAGCGGCAGGAAUCGGGCGGAAAGGUUUGCAAGGUUCGCUUUCCCUUUUUCGACACGUUCCACCAAUACUACGGAAACUUGAAUGUCAGUUCGGUGGAUAACGGAAGCAGCAAGUGCAAAACGGAGAUCUUCCUGGACGAUUUGUUUGCGGACAGUUCCUAUGCGGUGGAUGGCGGGGGUGGUGGAUUGCCCGGAGUGGACGUUGGGCUCAUGGAAGGCGACAGCAUGAUGAUGGAUUCCACGCAAACGGGGGAUGAAUAUUUGGAAUCGCCGGAGGAACAUCACGGGAAUGGCGAUGGCGAUGGCGAUGAGGAACUGACCACGUCUCUGACCGUGAAUAAUGGGCUGGAGGAUCUUAAACUGCGGCUGAUGGAGCAGAAGCUGCUAUACUAUACGAAUCAGAACAUGCUGCUGCAGAUGAAGCAGGAACAUUACCGCCAGAAGGAUCAGGAUCGGGCUCGGAGUCAGCUGAUGGCCGAGGAGAUACUGAAAGUCCUCCGGGGAAUUCACACGUGCCUGAAAAAGAGUCUGGAGGUGAAAGUGGUCCCACCGCAGCAGCAGCAGCAGCCGACGAAAAAGUCAUCGGAGAAUGGCGCUUCGGCCAAAGACGACCAGAAACUGGAACCCGAGCCAAAAAGACUCAAAGAAGACAUCGGCAGCGGUGGGGGCGAAGAGGAAGAGGAAGCCGAGGAGGAGGAAGAAGCAGAAUGUGGCAGCUCGUUGGUUCCGCUCGAGAUGGACUCCGGCGAGGAGGAGGAAGAAGAGGACGAUGACGAGUUCAACGGAUGCGACGGGCAUUCGGGCGGAAGUGGUGGCAGUAGCGAGGAGGUGGUCAAAAAGUUGCCCGAAAUGCCCCGACUAAAAGUGCGCAAGAAUAUCUUCCCGGCCUGGAAUCGGAUCCAGACCGUGUUGCUCAUCAAAAUCCACUGCGACCUGAGGCCCAAGUUCAAAGGACUGAAUCUGUUCGAGUGCGUGUCGAACAAACUGAUCGAACUGCAUAUAAAUAGAACCCCUCGAGACUGUCGAACGCGAUGGAACAACCUAUUUCGAAGCUACAAGGAGUGCCGAUCGAGACUGCGGGUGAACGACAAGGCACCGGUGAAGUUUGAAUACUUUGACGAGAUCGAUGCCUACUACAAGGAUUGCCAAUUUUUAACGAACGUAGUUUAAAUGGAAAGUGAAUGGAUGUACGUUUAUUGCAUGAAAGAUCUUUUUAUAAUCUAACAAUACAAAUGUUGCUAAAAUUUAUAAGAGAAUGUGUUAGAUUUUAGAGAAAAUUCUAAUAUACGUUAGAAUGUA